AGCACUUAGUCAGACAUCCUCCCAGUGAGUUGUGGAUUAUGACUUUGUUAAAAUAUUAUGAUCGCUUCACAAAAAAAUCCUAAACUUGUUUAAAAACUACAGGACAGAAAAAAAAAACAAAAAAACAAGAGAAUGAAUAAAGAUGGUGAUAAAAGCGCAAAAACUGCGCUCCGAAGCCAGAAGCCGCCCAGGACGCAGCAGCAGGUCCAGAAGAAGAAGAAGAAGAAGGAUCUGACCGGUAAAGAGGAGCAAAGCGGCUCUUCUCUGAAGGACACACAGUCUGGUCAGUGGGAGUGUAAGGGGGACAUACAAUCAGCCGGACCACAGAGAAAGCAAGAGGGGAAAACCGCUACAGAAGUUCCCGCAGAGGGCCACAAGAGCCCCGGCGCGCAGAGGAAACUGUCGGACGCCAGCAACGCAUCAGAGGACUUAAGCAAAGACUCCGGCUGCCAGUCCGGGAAACUCUUCUCCUCGGACAGCAGCUCCGAGAUCUCCGAUUCCGCCUCGGAGGGCAUUAAGCGCGACUCUCCGAGCAGCGAUAACGAUUUAAGCUGGGUCGACGGAAGAGUUUAUGAGAGCCCGAACAGCAGGGGGACACGCGAGGGCGCACCGUGCGCAAAACCUGCGGCAGAUACCUGCGCGCUCAAGCCGGACGCGGCUGCUGCAGCGGGGCUUGGUUCGUGUCAAACAGUGGGGGCUUUCAUGGAUCUCAUGAUGGGGGAGACAACCGAGGACCUGGUCAGGGAGGUGGAAGACUUGAGGUCAGAGAAUGAGUAUCUGAAAGAUGAGGUGGAGGAGCUUCGCUGUGAGAUGCUGGAGAUACGCGACAUGUUUCAGGAGGAGGAGCUGUACCAGCUGCAGGCGCUGCAGCUGCAGCUGGAGCAGGCCAAGAAAACUUGCCGCAUCCUGCAGUACCGCCUCCGCAAGGCCGAGCGGCGCAGCAUCCGGGUGGCUCAGACGGGGCAGGUGGACGGGGAGCUGAUCAGGAGCCUGGAGUAUGACAUAAAGGUUGCCAAGAGCGUCUCCCUCCGCCUCUACAACGAGCUGGAGAUGGUGCAGAAGAAAAACUCCCAGCUGGAGUGGGAAAAUGAGGUGCUACGGGAGAAGACGCAGGAGCUGGAAGUUGCCAAGCAGGUCCUGCAGAGUGAGGUGGAUAAAGCCAGAGAGAGCACAUUGAAGAAGAGAAGUAUCAGAUCAACAGUCAAUAAGGCAGAGAAGAGACUUUCUCAGCAGAUGGAGGAUGACAGCACUGAUCUGAAGUGCCAACUCCACUUUGCCAAAGAGGAACUGGCUCUCAUGUGCAAGAAACUGACCAAGCUGGUGUCUGAGAGUGAGGCCAUGCGUGAGGAACUGGCUAGAUACCGGUCAAGGUAUGGAGAUAUAGAUGCCGCCCUACUGCCUGAAGGCAUACAAUGCUCUGCCCAUGCCAGGGAAGCAGAAGUCAAAGUUCAUUUGAAACUGGUGGAAGAGGAGGCCACGCUCCUCAGCCGGCGCAUUGUCGAACUGGAGGUGGAGAACCGCGGCCUGAGGGCAGAGAUGGGUGACCUAAGAGAGAAAAUAGGAGGAGGAGGAGAGGAAGAUGUUUUGGAGGAAAAUUCGUCAAUGACCGCAACAAUAAAGGAUGGAGAAAUAGGACCAACGAUGUACCUGCAGCAUCAGAGAGAGGAGUCAGAGGAGGGACAACUUGAUGCUGAGAGACAUUUGCUCCGCAACCAAUCACAGACUGAUCAAAGGAUUAGUGAAGGUCGAGAAGGUCCAGUGGGUGGUGAGCAGGACCCGUUAGGCAGCCAGGAGAGGGAUGAUAAGAAAUCACCUAAUACUACACUUACAGAGGUGACUACCAAAGAUUAUGAAUUUCUUGUUGCUCUCAGAGAUCACUCCUGCAUUCUGUCUUCAGCCAUUCAGCUUUUGUCAGUGCCACCCAGAAACGGACAAAGCUCUGCUCCCUCAUUGGCUCUUACAUCUCAGAUGGACAUAUGCUCCAAUGUCAAGACGCAGGGGUCUUUAAUCGAAGCCCUGGAGCUUCUGCAGGCCUUGCUGCAGACAUUUAUCGAGAAGAUGGACACACUUCUGAGGGGUGUCGAUAAGGGCAAGGACUCUGUUAAAAAGGAGGGAUUUGCCUGGGAUUUUUCCUCCUUUCUCUGUGCGAACUAUGAACGUCUCAAGGAGUUGCAUGUAGAAGAACUUUGCAACAUGCAGGUGAAACAGAAAGCAAAACAGGCAAGUCAUGGGGAAGUCAUGGACAGCUGGAGGGAUCCAAAACCGCAGCUGUCGUUGCAGAUUCUGUGGAUCCUUCAUCAGUGGUGCAACGUUAAAGGAACAAACCCAGAAGGAAAAGAGUGUGGAGACAAAACCCUGUCUGUGUUGCUUGGGUUGUUGCAAGACCUUGGUGCUGAGCUGCAAGACGACAGCAAGGCAAAGUCAGCUCCAUGCGAGGAGGCAGCCGAGCUUUCCGUCAGUGCUGUUUUCCACGAUGGGCAACAUGCUGAAGCUCACAGAAUCUGCAGCUCCAAAGAACAAAGUCUCCGACGGCUGUUUUCCCCAUGCAGAUCUCAAAGGAAGAACUGGUGUUACCUGAGUCAGGAGGCUGCACAGCUGGACCGAGAGGAUCCAGUUAAGACGUGGGACCAUUUAAUCAUGCCUCUUAGUUUCCCCAAUCUUGAUUUUGAGCAGAUGUCGACAGAGAGAAGCCACACCGCCCCAGAGAAGACGACUUUCCGCAUCUACUACAGCCCGCCUUCAGCCCGCAGAGUCCAACUGGCUCAGCAAAAGCAAAGCCCCAUGGCAGACAGGGGGUCUGUGGACACCACCUCUCCAUGGUGCACACCACCAACCUCCUUCUCUCAGCUCUGUCUGGGCUCCUCUGCUAACCUGAGCGACGACAUGAAGGAAAUGACGGCCAGUUGGAGGCAAACGGUUCACGGCAGCUCACUGGAGAAAAAAGGGAGAUUACCAAGCUGCCGGGUGGAUGUAACCUGCUCAGGUACCCAGACUCACAUAAGGCCACAGAUGGUGAGUGUUGGUCAGCAGACAGAUGACACUCAGGGCUUGAUCACUGUGAGAAACAGCCCCUCCAGAGUCCUGAGCUCCUCCCUGGUCUCUGCUCGUUCCCAACACAUCUCCACCUCACUGGAUGGGCUAGCAGGUCGAGUCGAGAGGCCCAGAACUUCCACGUCCUCCCCCAAACUGUACCGGAGACACACCUCCACUCUCUCCUCAUCCCCCAGUUUGAGUUCCUCUUCAUCCUCAUCUAGCUCCAGAGAUCGAGGGCUGUGGAACCUGUCGCAGCAGAGCUCUAACGGCCUCACAUGGAAUCGACAAACCAGUCCUAGAUCAGGCCCAGCCCAGAACCUGAGCUCCGUCAGCAACUCUAAGCCACCCAGUAGAUCCACCGGCACAAACCGGUGUGGUUUGGUGACGGAGUUCCUGCGCAGGGUGAGCGGCCGAGCAGACAAAGCUGCUCCGGUGUCAGGCCAGAAGACAAAGAGCAGCUUGAAGAACUUGGAGCGGGCCCCGACGAGACCUCAUGGCGCCCAGCUGCAAAGGAACGACAGCGUGACCAGGAUCGUCAACCAGAGGUUCAUAAAGCAGAGAGAGGAGGUGGCUCGAGCCCACAGGGAGGAGAAGGGAGGCAGCCUAAACCAGAGAGUCAGAACCAGUCAGAGUGUGGCUACAACAGAGGAUGGAAACUAUGACUGCAGCUCCAGCACUUUGACCUUCUGCUUUGCUCGUCCCUGUCGUCAGAGUCAGAGACCGACGUCCAUCCCGCCCAAACUCCAUCGACACAGAUACUCCACGCCGGUGGGAGCUGCUGCAGACCCCAGCUGUGGCUGAGAAGAAGGAAAAAAUUGUGCUUUUUCACUCAAAAAAUGCCAGAGAUAAGAACAGUGUGAUUUUUACAGCUGUUUCUAAAGGCAGAAUCAGUUUUAUGUGGAGUGUUUAGGAGAGCUCUGAGCAAACGACUUUCUAUUGGUGCAAUCUGAAUGCUCAUCUCUUUUCAUAGAUGGUUUUAGUCUUUAUUUCCCUCGCUUUUGAUUACUUUUGUAUUUUGUGAAUGAUGUUUAAUAAAUUUUUGUUCAAACCUUU